AGAAACUACAGAAGAAGAAACACAUCUGUAUUACUCACGCUUCUCAAGAAGAAGAAGAAGUGGCGAGUCUUACGAACGGACUUUGUAGCAGAGAAACUCAAAUUAUUUUGGACGAAAUUAGACGUUGGAGGCGCGUCUGCGAGCGAGCAUGGCGGGCGAGCGUCUCCCCGGCAACCCGCCGGUCCAGAUCGGCCCGCGCCUGCAGGCGUACCCCGAGGAGCUGAUCCGUCAACGCCGGGCACGCGACGGGCAGACGGAGCACCUGAUUCGCUGGCGCCUGGCGGACGCGACCUCUCCGCCGGGCGGCUCCCCGACGGAGAACGUCCUGAUGUGGAUGUCCGCGGAGGACGUGUACGCCAACUGCCCGUCGCUGCUGGGCGAGAGGAAAGCCCACCCUACGCGGGAGAAGGCAGAAGAGUCGGGAACCUUCGACCGGGUGGAGCUUCGGGACAUGGAGGAGGACGUAAAGAAGCUAGUGCGCCGCGCCAGGACGCAGAUGUCCAAGGGCGGCGAGCCGUCUUCGCUGAGCGUGACGCACACCAUCCACGUGCUGAGCGCCUAUGCCGCCAUCGGGCCGCUGGCCGCCGUCUUCAAGGAGACGGGCGCCCUCAAUCUCCUUAUGGAGCUGCUGUGCCACAAGGAGACGCAGACCCGGCGCAGCGCUAGCAAGAUGCUACGCGCGCUAGCGUCCCACGACGCCGGGAGCCGAGCACACGUGCUGCUGUCGUUGGGCCAGCAGGACGGCAUCGAGCAGCACAUGGACUUUGACAAUCGCUACACGCUGCUGGAAUUGUUUGCCGAAACCACGUCCUCUGAGGAGCACGGUAUCUCCUUUGAAGGCGUUCAUCUGCCGCAGAUUCCCGGGAAGCUGCUCUUCUCCUUGGUCAAGCGUUACCUGUGCGUCACGUCGCUGAUGGACAAACUCAACACGGCGGGAGCGGACUGGACCUCCGACAGACAGGAAGCCGGGAGCCCCGGCCUCGGCCCCGCCGCCUCCUCCGGACACUCCCGGCUACGACUGCGCUGCGAGUUUGAGUUAGCCAUGGCUAUGGCUAACCUGAUCUCCGAGCUGGUGCGCGUCUUGGGUUGGGAUCGUAAGCUCCCGCGAACAGAGGACGCGGCGGCGCCCACCUUCCGUUCGAUUUUCCGGCCUCGCUCCGGUCCCGCCCCCGCCGCGGAGGCCGCCGCCACCACCGAGAAGAAGGCGGAAACCGGUUACAAAACGCGCAACGACUUUCCCAGGCGCUCGGCGUACGUUGAGUACGUGCAGGAGCGUUUGAAAAGAGGCAUGACGGUGCGCAUGUUGGAGGACUACGAGGAAGUCAGCGUCGGGGACGAAGGAGAAUUCCGAUACAGCAACGAUGGGUCGCCGCCAGUUCAGGUGUACUGGAACGCCCUGUGCAGAACUUACUGGGUCCACUGGCACAUGCUGGAGAUUGUGGCAGGCGGCGAGAGCGGCGGCACCAACGGGACGACGGACAAGGACGCUCUGGAGAAGGUGUCGACCCUCACGCGGACUGUCAGGCUAGCGGCGGCCAGCCAGAGCAUGUUCUCCAAGCCCCCGGGUGGACUCUACGCGCCGCCUUACCUGUCGGAGCGCCCCGGGACGGGCGAGGCCGAAGGCGGGGCGACGCUGACUCGCGCUGAGUGGUGGGAGGUCCUCUUCUUCGUCAAGAAGCUGGAAGCCAAAGAGCAGCGCGAAGCCAUCCGACUACUGAUGCGUGGCGAGCAGGAGGUGGAGACGGACGACCCUGCGUUGCUGGGCCUGUCUGUAUCGAGAGACGCCGCCGAGAAACUGGUACUCUACCUGGAGCGCCGCCUGCCGCCUUCCUGCCUGGGCGAGCUGCUCUGCUCGCACGCCCUGGCCAAACACUACCCGAGGUCCGGCGGGGACGACCCGAGGUCCGGGGACGACGCGUCCUCUUCCGGGUCGGCGUCCCUCUCCAAGCGGGCCAAGAAGGAAGCCCCGGACGACGCCGAGGGCGAGCUUCCCGCCGAGGUUUACGGGAGCUAUCCCGACGGGCUUGAAGAAAAGAUCAAGGUCUUUGACAUGCCUCGCGUCCUGGCCAAGAAGACUCUGCCGGAAAAGGUGGAAGAGGUGGUGGACAUCCUCCAGAGAGGAACAUCCAGGCGGGACCCGCUCCAGACCUUGGCCGCGGUGGUCUUCAUCAACGGUCUGCUGGAGGACAAGACCCCUCAGGACAAGAACUCCUCCAGGAGCGACUCCGUCCAGAGCGCUCAGGACAAAGUGGUGAAGCUGUUGGUGGAACUCCUGGGCUCCUCGUGCAAGAACGUGGCGCCAUGCGCGCUGAGGAUGACUCACUCGCUCAUGCGUCGCUUCGAGUGGAGGGUCUCCUUCGCCACGGAGGGCGGCGUUAAAGCCGUGCUGACCCUCAUGCAGGAGAUGGCCGACGUGGUGAACCUGCAGCGUCUGGCGCUAGCGACGCUGAAGGUCCUGACAGGCGCCGCAAAGUACGGGGCGAGCGGCGGCGCCGGCGGGGGCAGCGUGCCCCCCGCCCUCUCCGAGUCGGCUUCUCAGAUGAUUCUGGAGAUCUUCGCCAGCAUCGUCUCGGCCACGCCUGAAGGUUCUGAAGGCCCGCUGGCCGCCAUCCCCGCCGCCCUGGACCUCAUGCUGAAGACCCCGGGGUGCGCGGCGGGCGUGUGCGACGGCCUGCUGGUGAUGGCGGCGCUGAUGUCCCACCAUAAAAGCUUGGCCUCGCAGUUUCUGUCCUGCGACCCCCCGGUCAUCCUUGAGAAGGUUCUAGCACUUUCAAACGGGACAACCAUGCUGGCAAAUGUUACUGAAGUCUACCAAAGCCCAGACGUCUUUCAGGACCUCCUGCAUCUGAUGGAGCAGCAUCGGACGGAACGGAGUGUCCACCUGUCUGUCCUCAGGAUCCUCAACAAAUUCUUGGACAACUACCAGGAGGACGCUCUGCCCUGGCAUGACAGCGUCAAGCCCUGCUUGACGUCCAUGACCACGUUCAUCGCUGACAAAGAGGUCAUCCAGCAGCUGGUGUCCUUCCUGUACCGGGUGACGUGCGCCAACAAGGACUACGCCGUGGUCAUGUGUCGACUGGGUGCCAAAGAGGUUCUCAUCAAGGCUCAGGAGAAGCACGGUGCCGCCGUCCAUGCUGCCGCCGAGCUCCGAGACGUGGUCGCCGAUUGCGACAAAUACGCCAACCUGUACAACAGCAUGACCACCAGCGUGCUCGCCGGAUGCAUACAGAUGGUGUUGGGUCAGAUCGAGGAGCAUCGGCGCAGCCACGAGCCCAUUAACAUUCCGUUUUUUGACGUCUUUCUCAGGAAUCUUUGCCAAGGCUCUAGCGUAGAGUUGAACGAUGACAAGUGCUGGGAGAAGGUGGAGGUGUCCUCCAACCACCACCGAGCCAACAAGCUCAGCGACAAGAACAGCAAAACUUACUGGGAGUCCAACGGGCCCACCGGCUCGCAUUUCAUCAACAUCUUCAUGCACAGAGGCGUCCUCAUCCGCCAGCUCUCUGUCCUGGUGGCCGCCGAGGAUUCCAGCUACAUGCCGGCCCGGAUCCUGGUUCUGGCCGGGGACGACCCGCGCAACAUUAGCGUGGAACUCAACACGGUCAACGUGCCGACGUCAGCCAGUCGGGUGGUCCUUCUGGAGAACGUCAGCAGAUUUUGGCCCGUCGUACAGAUCCGCAUUAAGAGAUGCCAGCAGGGCGGUAUUGACACCCGGGUCCACGGCUUUGAGAUCCUGGGGCCAAAGAACACCUUCUGGCCCGUCUUCAAGGAGCAGCUGUGCCGUCGGACCUUCUUGUUCUACAGCACCAAAGCGCGCUCGUGGUGUCAGGAGGCGACGGCCGAUCGCUCACGGCUGCUGCGGCUCUUUGACAAGCUGAACAGCGCCCUCAGACACGAGCAGACGUUCGCAGAGCGCUUCCUGCCGGACGCCGAAGCCGCCGAAGCCUUGGGCCGAACCUGCUGGGAAGCGCUGGUGGCACCCGUCGUGCGCGCCAUCACCGCGGCAGAAUCUACCGGAUCCAGCCCGCUCUCGUGGCUGCUGGACAAGUACCUGGACAACUCCGACUCGGGGCGUCGCCGUCGACCAGCGGCAGUCUUUAACUCGCGCGUGAGACGCCUGACCCACCUCCUGGUGCACGUGGACGCCGCUUCGGCGGAAGGGGACCAGAUAAAACCUCCCGUCAAGUCUCAAGGAAAAGAAACCAAGAACAAAGAUGGCGCGGCGGGCUCCUCGUCUUCUUCCACAGUCAAACACGAGGAGAACAGCAGCGUCGUCGACAUCGCCCUCUGUUGGCAAGAGGUGGUACAGCAGCAGGUGAAGAGUUUUCUGGAGCAGAGCUGCGAGCGUGAUGACUUUGUGGAGCGUUACCGCUCUUUGUACACGCGUCUGAAGAAAGCCACAGAGGAGCUGUUCGGCCAGCGGACGGCUUUCGCGCUAGCCCUGCGACAAGGCUUCUCCGCCGCCUUGGUACAGCUCUCCAUACUCAGAGCCAUGCGUGUGAGCGAGCGUUUUGCUCAGUACGUGGACCAGAUGUUGCAGGACGGUGGCGUGGUGUCGGGCGGGUCCCAAACGCUGGAGCGACUUCAGCAAUUUUUGGAGCCCGUGCUCUUCCUGUCGGGCCUAGAGCUGGCCAACACCUUCGAGCACUUUUACAGGUACUACCUGGCUGACCGCCUGCUGGCACGAACCAACGUGUGGCUGGAAGCUUUCGUGGCAGAGCAGCUGGGCCCCUGCUUCCCUAACCGCUUCCCUCAGCAAAUGUUGAAGAACCUGAGCGAGUCGUCCGACCUGCGACACGACUUCCACCUCCACCGCCUGCAGCAGCUGGACCGAGCGCUGCACAGCCAACAGAUGGAUGACGACGAAGAGGAGCAGGUGGAAGAGUGCGAGGAAGAGGGGAUGGAGGAAGAAGAGGAACCGGACGUGGAGGUGCUUCUUCUGUCUCCUCGCUGCUGGAGCGUCUCGUCCUUGUGCUUCAUGGACGAACCCUCGCUCCGCUUCCCGGCCCGUCUCUGCACCUACCUGGAGCAGUUUGCGCAAUUCUACUGCCACAGUCAAUUGACGCGCGGCGGGGGUCAUUGCAAGCCCGGCGCCAUCCAGUGGACGUGGCUGGGACACGCCGACGUCGCUUUUGGCUCUUUGACGCUUCACGUGUCUACGCUGCAGAUGUUCAUCCUGCUUCAAUUUAAUAAACAGGAGGAAGUGACGGUGGCGUCUUUGAUGGAGAGGUGUGGCCUUUCCAAAGAGAUGCUGCUUCACUCUCUGCAGCCUCUGAUUGAAGAAGGACCGCUCCGAUGUAGCCACCCGCAAGACCCUUUCCAAGGUGUUUUGCAGGUAAAACAAGAUGUGGCGCACGGCCCGUCCAGGCGCCUGGAGCUUCAACCGCGGCAGACCUACUUGAACGUGGACCGAGACGCCGCUGCCACACUGGAAACCAAGAGAAACGUCAUUUACUGCCUCAUUGUCAAUAUCCUCAAGCAGGAGAAGGAGAUGCACAUCGACAACCUCGUCUACAAGGUUCUCCAUUCGUGCCACCGGGGAGAAGCGGGCCGUUCUCCCGGCGCCGGUCCGGGGGGCUUCAGCUGCAGCACGGGGGACGUCUUGUCCUGCAUCAUGCACGUGAUGAGCAAAGGAUGCGUCCGCAGGAACCCGGAUCAGCCUCACAUGGUGGAGUUCCUCCCCGACGACCCGGCCACGCCGCACAAGGGAUACGCGCAACUGGACCUGAGAGGCAGCAGCACACCGUCGCCGCCCGGCUUGUUUUCCAACGGCGCCGUGGCGGACUGCGCUCUCUUCUCCAGCAGUCGCAGCAUGACGCCUGACGAAGUGUCCCAGCUGAUGCGCGCCACCGUUCGGCAGGUGGCGGACACGCUGAGCGUGGACCCGGAUAGGGCCGAACACCUCCUGGUUCACUGCGGCUGGAACGCCGACCUGCUGGUGCGACGCUACACGGACGACCCCGAUGGUGCCGCCGCGGCCGCCGGCCUCAGAUGUCCGGACCCCGGUCCGCCACCCGACCCGGAGUCCGCUUGCCCCGUUUGCCUGGUCCCUGGCGGCGCCGAGGACCCUCCGCCUUCACUCAGCUGCAUGCACUACUGCUGUCGGUCGUGCUGGCGGGAGUACCUGAGCGCACGUAUCGAGCAGAACCUGGUCAGCAACUGUAACUGUCCCAUACCUGACUGCCGGGCCCAGCCCACGCCGCUGUUCUUCCUCGCCAUCGUCACCGACAAAGACACUGUUGCCAAGUAUGAGAAAGCGCGUCUGCGAGGCUUCGUGGAGUCGUGCUCCAACCUGACGUGGUGCACCAACCCUCAGGGAUGCGACCAGAUCCUCUGCAAGGAGAACAUGGGCAACACGGGAACCUGCUCCAAGUGCGGCUGGUCGUCUUGCUUCAGCUGCAACUUCCCUGAGGCGCACUAUCCGGCCAGCUGCGGUCACAUGUCCCAAUGGAUGGACGACGGCGGCUUCUACGAGGGCAUGAGCGCUGAGGCACAAAGCAAACAUCUGGCCAAACUCAUCUCCAAGCGCUGUCCGAGCUGCCAGGCGCAAAUCGAGAAGAACGAAGGCUGCCUCCAUAUGACCUGCACCAAAUGCAACCACGGCUUCUGCUGGCGCUGCCUGAAAGCGUGGAAGCCGACACACAAGGACUACUACAACUGCUUCGCUACGGUGAGUAAAGUGGCGCGACACGAGAAGAAGUUUCAGGAUUUUAACGAGAGAUGCGCCUUCCAGCACCGGGCUAAGGACUUUGCCGUCAGCCUGGAAAAGAAGGUGUCGUCCAUCGAUGAAGCGUUGCAGAUGAAGUCCCUGACCUUCGUCAUUGACGCUUGCAAGACUUUGGCGCAGGCUCGAAAGGUCCUGGGCUACUCGUGUGUGUACAACUUCUACAACCAAGACGGCGACAAGAUGGACGUGAUGGAGCAGCAGGCGGACGCUCUGGACCUGCACACCAACUCUCUGCAGAUCCUGCUCGAGGGGACGCUGUUGCAGUGCAGCGACCUGGCCUCCUGCGUACGUCUGUUGAAAGCCGAACACCUAAACACCGGCCUGGAACUGAUGCGGCGCAUACAGGAGCGCUCGCUGGCCAUAUUGCAGCAUUCCACCCAGGACUUCCGCGUGGGCUGUCGCUCCCAAAACGUCCGGGAAGAGGAAAACGCGUCCGACUCAAUCAACCGACGCUCGACUGACGGCGAAGCCUCAAAACCCGACGUAGACAACAACAACUACAACGACGACGACGACAGCGACGACCCGGAUUACGAGGAGGACGAGGAUUACGUGCCCGAGUGGCACGAGGACUACGAGGAUUACGAUGACGAAGAAGAGAUCGACGAGGGCGAAUUCUUCUCCGACAGCGAGGUCUCCGACAACCUGGAUCGGGACUUCAGCCCCUUCGAAUGAAAGGUCGACGGUGGCCGGCCACGCCCCCUGUGUCACGCCCGCCUGGACGAGCGGCGACUCGCUCUGCGGGAUAACGCCACGUUCUUCAGAGGAACUUUGCGUGUCUGAAAAGUAGUGUUACACCGUUAAUUUUUUUUUUUUUUUGCUACCGAUACAGAUUCCUGUCUGUGUGCCGAUACUGUACUGAAACAUCCCGCCCCACCCCCAAAAAAUUAUAUAUGUACACAGUUUUUUUUUCUUUUUUUACGCAAUUACUGCAUAAUCACAUCAAGUAAUUGCUAAUCUUGCCUUGGUUAACUCAUUUGCUGCAAUUAUUAGCACUAAAUGUCCAAUCCAUUUGAAUCAGGAGGGCUGGCAGCAAAUGAAGAAUUUGUUACCUCCCACUUGAAAUGGUUAAGACGUCUACUCGUGAUCAAUUCAGGGCAGAACUGCAUAAACAGACCCCUUUAAAAUCAGUGGAUAUACAUUCAAAUAUAUUCAUAACUAACCCAUUUGUCAUAUAUUUUGAAUGUAUAAUAUGACUACUACUGUCAUGAUACUUAAAUUUUCACCUCAUCGAAAAAACUACCCUAUACAAUUUUCAAUACUUCAUUGAUAAAGGAAUGGUCAUUAUUUUUCACAACAAAAAAGUCCUCAACUUGAACAGGAGGUGACCCGGGAACGACUGAAAAUCAUCUAAAGGCGACCCGAAAGUACCUCCAAACAAACAUUUUUUUUCUGUGAUACCCUAAACUCAACAGAAAAUGAUUAAAAAUGUACAUGAAAUAACACUGAAACACCCCAAAUGUACCAAAAGUGACUGCAAAUCAACAAAGUUUUGCAAAAUGUGACUCUGAAAUUACCUCAAAUCAUCAGAAAAUGACACUGAAACGCCUCAAAAGUCCCAAAAUGACCCCAAAACCAACAUAUAGUUUCCCAAAAUGCCCCAAAAUUAACAGAAAAUGAUUCAAAAUGUACAGAAAAUGACACCGGAAUGACCCUAAUGUACCAAAAAUGACCUCAUAUCAACAGUUUCCCAUAACGCAACUCUAAUAUUCCCGAAAAUAAACCGAAAAUGAUUCAAAAUGGAAAGAAAAUGACCCCGGAACACCCUUAAUGUACCAAAAAUGACGGCAAAACAAAGUUUUCCGAAAUGCAACUCCAAAAUUAUCUCAAAUCAACGUAAAAUGAUUCCAAAUGUACAGAAAAUAACACUGAAACGUUCCAAAUGUACUGAAAAUUACAGCAAAAUCCACAAAUUUUCCCAAAAUGCGACUCUAAAAUUACCACAAAUCGACAGAAAAUGGAUCAAAAUGUAAAUAAAAUGAUACCGGAAUGCCCCAUAUGUACCGAAAAUGACCGCAAAUCAACAAACUUCCUUGAAAUGCAACUCCGAAAUUACCCCAAAUGAACAGAAAAUGAUUCAAAAUGUAGAGAAAAUUACACCAAAAUGUCCCAAAUGUACCGAAAAGGAAAGCAAAUCAACAAAUGUUCUCAAAAUGCGACUCUGAAAUUACCUCAAAUGAACAGAAAAUUUUUCAAAAUGUACACAAAAUAACUGUACCAAAAGUGACCACAAUUCAACAGUUUCCCACAAUGCAACGCUAAAAUUCCCUAAGAUGAACAGAAAAUGAUUCAAAAUGUAAAGAAUAUGACACCGGAACACCCAAAAUGUACUGAGAGUGACUUCAAAUCAACAAUGUUUCCCGAAAUGAGAUUGAAAUUCUCUCAAAUCAACAGAAAAUGAUUCAAAAUGUACAGAAAAUGACACCGGAACGUCCAAAAUGUACCGAAAGUGACGCCAAAUCAACAGUUCCCUGAAAUGCUACUCUGAGAUGUCCUAAAUUAAAUUAGAAAAUGAUUAAAAAUGGACAGAAAACGACACCGGAAUGUCCAAAAUGUACCAAAAGUGACCCCAAAACCAACAGAAAGUUUCCCAAAAUUAACAGAAAAUGACUCAAAAUGUGCAGAAAAUGACACCAGAACGCACCAAAUUUACCAAAAAUGACCGCAAAUCAACAAAGUUUCCCGAAGUGCGACUCUGAAAUUACCUCAAGUCAACAGAAAAAUGAUUAAAAAUGUACAGAAAAUGAUUGAAAAUGUACAGAAAAUAACACCGGCACGUCCCAAAUGUACAGAGACUGACGCAAAUCAACAAAGUUUCCUGAAAUGCCACUCUAAAAUUACCUCAAAUAAACAGAAAAUGAUUCCAAAUGUACAGAAAAUGAAACCGAAACAUCCCAAAUGUACCAAGAAUGACCCCAAAGUUUCCCCAAAAUAUGCUAGAAAUUAACAGAAAAUGAUUCAAAAUGUACAGGAAAUGACACCCAAAUGUACUGAAAGUACCUGUGAAUGUUCAUUUUCAGCGCCAUUGACUGUGCUAGAUGUCCAAUUCUAGGAACAAAGUUUCUUUACCUACUGGCCCCUCCCACUUCAAACAAAUUGGACAUCUAUCGCCGUCAAUGGUGGCCAACGAGUACAUAGCAGAUGUCUUGAAUUUUCAAAAAAAUCGGUUGAGAAAUAAGCUAGUUAGGACUUCAUUUGAAUGUCAAUGCAUUGACUGAUGGGAAAGUUGCCCUCAAGGCGGCCAUGUUGGUAGGGGCGACGUUUUCAUGAUUCUGCAAUCAAUUUCUCACGAGUAGACAUCCAAUCCAUUUUAAGUUGGAGGCUGCCAUCCCUCCCCCUUCAAAUGGAUUGGACAUUUUCAAGCGCUAAACUCAUUUGAAGAAACAUCCAAAAAUAGUUUCUCAGUAUCCCGCUGAUAUUCAUAUCUGUAUCGGCGCAACACGACCCAAAACUCUCGGAUCAGUUUCUUCUCCGGCUUCUUUACAGGGUCGAUUCGAUUGUCGUCGAGUUCUCGUUCUUUCCCGAUGACUUGCUUGCACUAGAUUUAUUUUCUAUGCACAUUAGAGACAUGUUCAAUGUUCUCAAUAGAUAUUUUCUUUGUUAGAGUUCAAAUCGAUUAAAAAAAGAAAUGUAACCGAGUCCUCUUUAAUUGUCCAAAUUGUUUAUUCUUCUAAUUUUGUCUCUGAUUACAGAAAAAUCCAAAGAUGCAACUUGAAAUCCUUCUUCUUUGAUUUGUUAAGCACAACGAUAAACACACCAACUAAUACCACAUUAGUAUGUUAGCUUAGCUCAUGUGCUAAUCACUUUUGCUAGCAGACACACAUU